AGCUACCCAGGCGCCCUUAGUAAUUAUUUUCAAGACUGUUCUUUUGAACUCGGAUUCAGAGGUUCGUGAAAUGUAAUUCUUUGUGGGGUAUUAAGAAUUGCGAGUUUUAAAAUCUUUUAAACUGAAGCAAAGUAUUUACAUGAAUAUAUGCCCAAAUAUAUAAAACAAGGUACUGUAUAUACAAAGAGGUUCUACCUUUUGUCUGUUAGUUUCCUUUCACAAUUCUUCCUGCUUUGAGAUUUUUUUCAGAUUUUUUUUUUUUUUUUAAUUUUACAUCUUUGCUACAUAUAUCGUGCCAAUCUUCCCCGCCCCUACGCUAGUAUUCUGGACUUUUCCCCCGUCCUGGCACCCUUCCGGAGAACUCACACAGAACGGUCUUCCUCGUUGCUUUUCUUCCCUCCUUCCUCCCACUUCCUGCCUGGGCCGAACGCGCGGGCCGCGGGCCGCACCUGCAGGACGCGUUUCCAUUGGUGACAUCUUGGCGGGCCCAUCGGUGGCACUUCCUCCUUUACACCCCGUGACCCACGUCCGGCCCGCCGCCCUCAGUCACGCGGCCUCUGCCUCCGGGACGCAGCCCCGCGCGCCGGCCUUCCGGACUCCGGACCCGUCGUGGUUAAUAACAAAAGGAGACGCACCUGGACUUUCCCCGGAGCCGUCUGCGUUUUUAAGCGUCGGGUGGAAUUAGGGGUCCUUUGGCUCUAAACCGCGCUUGUUUGAUGAAAAUAGAAAUCAGUCCUGCUCCCCUCAGCGCCACAAAAAGCUGCACCCAAGCUUGUUUGACGUCUAUCCUCUCAAGUGUCCAUGAUGCUGGGCCCCGAGGGAGGUGAAGGCUUUGUGGUCAAGCUCCGUGGCCUGCCCUGGUCCUGCUCUGUUGAGGAUGUGCAGAAUUUCCUUUCUGACUGCACAAUUCAUGAUGGGGCUGCAGGCGUUCAUUUCAUCUACACUAGAGAAGGCAGGCAGAGUGGUGAGGCUUUUGUUGAACUUGAAUCAGAAGAUGAUGUAAAAAUGGCCCUUAAAAAAGACAGGGAAAGCAUGGGACACCGGUACAUUGAGGUGUUCAAGUCCCACAGAACCGAGAUGGAUUGGGUGUUGAAGCACAGUGGUCCAAACAGUGCCGACACCGCCAAUGAUGGCUUCGUGCGGCUUCGAGGACUCCCAUUUGGAUGCACCAAGGAAGAAAUUGUUCAGUUCUUCUCAGGGUUGGAAAUUGUGCCAAACGGGAUCACCUUGCCUGUGGACCCCGAGGGCAAGAUUACAGGGGAAGCCUUUGUGCAGUUUGCCUCACAGGAGUUAGCUGAGAAGGCCCUAGGGAAGCACAAGGAGAGAAUAGGGCACAGGUAUAUUGAAGUGUUUAAGAGCAGUCAGGAAGAAGUUAGGUCAUACUCAGAUCCCCCUCUGAAGUUCAUGUCUGUACAGCGGCCGGGGCCCUAUGACCGCCCCGGCACAGCCAGGAGGUAUAUUGGUAUUGUCAAGCAAGCAGGCCUGGAGAGAAUGAGGUCUGGUGCAUAUAGUGCAGGCUAUGGGGGCUAUGAGGAGUACAGCGGCCUCAGCGAUGGCUACGGCUUCACCACCGAUCUAUUUGGGAGAGACCUCAGUUACUGUCUCUCAGGCAUGUAUGACCACAGAUACGGCGACGGCGAGUUCACUGUCCAGAGUACCACUGGGCACUGCGUCCACAUGAGAGGGCUGCCAUACAAAGCCACAGAGAACGACAUUUACAACUUCUUCUCUCCACUCAACCCUGUGAGAGUCCAUAUUGAGAUUGGCCCUGAUGGAAGAGUGACGGGCGAAGCGGAUGUUGAGUUUGCCACUCACGAAGAAGCUGUGGCAGCUAUGUCCAAAGACCGGGCCAACAUGCAACACAGAUACAUAGAACUUUUCCUGAAUUCCACAACUGGGGCCAGCAAUGGGGCAUAUAGCAGCCAGAUGAUGCAAGGCAUGGGGGUGUCGGCCCAGUCCACUUACAGUGGCCUUGAGAGCCAGUCUGUGAGUGGCUGUUACGGGGCUGGCUAUGGAGGCCAGAACAGCAUGGGUGGAUAUGACUAGUUUUGUAGGAGCAUUUGAGUUAUUGCAAUCAAAUUUUCACAGGCAGCCAACAAGCAGUGAAAAGCAAUUCUUACUCUAGAGGAAGCUGUGGGACCCAUUUUGCACCAUGAGUUUGUGAAAUCUGGAUUAAAAAAUUACCUCUUCA